AUGAGCUGCAGCAUCAAGAGAACGUCCAGCACCUCGUACAGGAGCGGAGGAGGAGGCGGCGGUGCCUGCGGGGGCAGCAGCGGCCGCAGCUCCUCCGUGUCCUGCCGGCGCUACGCCUCCUCCGUCAUCGGCGGGGGCAGCUACGGCGGCGGCCUCAGCAUGGGCAGCAUGGCCGGGGGCUUCGGCGGGGGCUUCGGCGGGGGCUUCGGCGGGGGCUUCGGCGGGGGCUCUGCGGGGAUCUGCGGCCCCGGGGGGGACCUGCUGCUCGGCGGCAAUGAGAAGGUCACCAUGCAGAACCUCAACGACCGCCUGGCCUCUUACCUGGACAAGGUGCGCAUGCUGGAGGAAGAGAACGCUCAGCUUGAGCACCACAUCCGCGAGUGGUACAGGAAACAAGCUCCCAGCGUCUCCAAGGACUACAGCUCCUACUACCAGACCAUCGAACAACUCCAGAAUCAGAUUAUUUCUGCCACUGUGGACAACAACAGGAUGAUUCUGGACAUUGACAACAGCAAGAUGACUGCUGAUGACUUCAGAAUGAAGUAUGAGAAUGAGCUGGUCAUCCGUCAGACCGUGGAGGCUGACAUCAAUGGCCUGAGAAACAUCCUGGAUGGUCUCACUAGCACUCGGUCUUCCCUGGAAUCUGAGCUGGAGUCCUUGAGGGAUGAGCUGACUGCUCUCAAGAGAAACCAUGAGGAGGAAAUGAGGCAGCUCCAGUCCCAAACUGGUGGCGACGUGAGCGUGGAGGUCAAUGCUGCCCCUGGACAAGACUUGACAAAGAUCCUGAAUGACCUGAGAGAUGAAUAUGAGCAGAUCAUUGCAAGGAACCGCAAGGAAGUGGAGCAGUGGUAUGAAGUCAAGAUCCAAGAAGUCAAUCAGCAGGUCACUUCCAGCAGCCAGGACAUCCAGACCAGCAGCCACCAGCUGAGCGAGCUGAGGCGCGAGAUGCAGAACCUGGAGAUCGAGCUGCAGGCACAGCUCAGCACGAAAAGCUCUCUGGAAAACUCCCUGGCAGAAACCGAGUCUCGCUACGGCCGCAUGCUCCAACAAAUCCAGGCGCAGGUCUGCUCCGUGGAGGAGGAGCUGGGCAGCAUCCGCUGUGAGAUUGAGGGUCAGAGCCAGGAGUACAAGAUGCUCCUGGGCAUCAAGAUGCGCCUGGAGCAGGAGAUCCAGCAGUACCGGUCGCUGCUGCAGGAGGGGCAGCAGGAUCUUGUAUCAUGUCAAGGAGCUCUCCAAGGAGGAGGUAUGUCCUCCCACUCUUCUAGUUCCUACUGUCAUGGUCAAUCUAGUGACAAGGCAGGUAAGAAACAUCUUUCAAAGAGCAUCCGAACUUAUGGCUUUCACAUUUUGUGUUUCAUCCCUUUUCCUGUUAAUACCAACCUUGUGCUAUGGUUUCCACAUCUGCAAUUGCAGCAGGGAUUAAACCAUUCACAAUCAAAGCUCUUCAUUUCAAAGUGGUUUGGCUCCAAUUCCAGAGACAGGCUAAGCUCCUUUCCCAUGCUUUUGCUAACAAAUGAAUAUUUAAAUGGUGGAUGGAUCUGA